GCCUGUCUUACAAAAAUGAUGAUAUUGUUUGCUAUCUUGUCUCUUGCCGCUGAGCCUUUUAAGCGAACAAGGCAGCUCUAGGGAGUUGGUCCCUAUAUUCUUACCAAAUUUUAUUCCCCCACAACACACAAUUAAUAAACCACCAAACAUGACAUCCUCACGUCCUAAAGAAUCCUAAAUUACUAAACGCUCCCCUUCUCUCAAAUCCAUUCCAUUACAGAUUUGCUCUUGUAGACGGCUUCCUGGUGUCAUUAUGUUCUGAUAGAGGGGCGUUUUUACAGCAGAAAAAUAAUCGGUUGGUUCCCCAUACACCAAAAAGUUUAAAUUUUGCACUUUAGAAAAGAUAGAAGAGAAGAUCAUAAUAGUCUUACAGAGAAGUUGAGUUAGUUUAGAACUUAUACAAAGUUUCCUAUUGGUAGCUAGUAACAUGAUUACAAAUAUUUAACUACAAUAGCCUUCUGUGAUCAUUACAGAUCACUCUCGAUCUCCAUUAAUGGCUUCCUCUCUUCACUUCAAGCGUCAGUGCAUUGUCCUAGUCUUUCUCUUAUUUAGUAUCACUACUUGUUGCAAUUCAGAACAAGAUGCUGUGGACAUCGUCACCAAAGCUAUGGCAUGUUUCGACGAUCACUAUUUAUACAGCACUUGUCAGGAGUCCUACAGGCUCAAUGUACGAGGGUGCAUUGAAGUUCCACAAGAAGCCGUCGAUGAGUACUGCGAAGGUCCAUGCCUGCUAGAGACUAAGCUUGUGCUGCAAUGCUUACACAACAUCUUCAACAAUUUCAGGUUCUAUAAUGGCGCGACGCUGCUUCUUGUUCGGCAUGCGCUUGACCGGGGAUGCAGCCAUGGCGAAAAUAGAGGUGAUUUCAACCCACUGGAGAAUUUCGGGUACACUGGCUUCUAUGAUGGAGAUUACAAUGACUAUGAUCAUGGAAACAAGCUCAUUCUCUCCGUUUACUUACUGGUGAUAUUAACUUGUCUGGUUAUUUUUUAGUCACUAAAAAAAGUGGCAGAAAUAACUGGCUGCAGAGGUUACAAAUCAGAAAUAUAUGAACCAAAACUGCUAACUGUUCAUGUUUAUAAAGUGUGAAGAAGGUCUAUGGUUUGCAAACUGAUGCUAUGUUAUUAAUACAAUAAAGUCUUUUUUUUUUUAAAUCAA